AUGGCAAAACAAGUGUCGGGGUUUACGAGUGACAGCAAGCUGGGCUCUACCUUGGGGCGACACUCCUCCCACACGUCGUCACGGUCUCGGUUUGAUGCAACUUUCGUUGAUCCCAACGUACUGGAUGCAUGUCCUGGAUACGGGGCCACCGACGUAUCUGCCAGCGGGACCAAGUUCACCGCGACCCUCAUUCUGGCGGGAAAGCCAUGCAACGUCUUCGGGAACGAUAUUCAGAAAUUGUCGUUGAGCGUUGAGUACGAGACUGUGUACAGGAUACAUUGCCCACAAACAUGUGAAGGUUAG